AUCCAACAAUUACUUCUAAUUAGGGACAAAAAUGAACACGGGGUAGGCUCCAGGUUCCCCGCGACCCAGUCGGAUAAGCGGUGUAGAAAAUGGAUGGAAGGAUUUAUUUUACUUACAAACUAUUAAUGAAAUUAGGCACAUUAUUUAAUUUUGGCUAUUUAUUGGAGCCAGACAGUUUUUUCCACCCACAGAACCCAUGUCUAUUAAAUUGAAAAUUAUUUAAGCAUAAAAAAUUUGAUAAUGAUGGGUUGUGAUUUCCACCACUGUAAAACAAAGGAGAACAUCACAGACCCCCUGCAUGUGUGUCACGGAUCCCCACUUUGGGAACUGUAGCUAAUAGUCAUAUAUGUUUUCAGUUCUCAUAAAUAGACAAUAGAAUAUAAUUUCCCAAUUACUUAGUGUAAAAAUCUUUCUCAUGACCAUUCACCAUUAAUGAGCAUCUAUUCCUGCUGGAUUUCUUUUUUACGAACUCUGUCACUCUGUCACUGUUUGUGAGUUUAAGUUUGUGAAUGUAAGUUUAUUCAUGCGUUUGUAAAUGGGAUUUUGUGAAUAUGGACUAGCUUACGCAUUUCUGAAUGGGAUUUUAUAAAUGUAUUCAUUUUGAGACUGUAUGUACCCAUAAUAAAAUGCAUGGCGUGUUAUUCUUUAAUAAACAUAUAGGUUGUAAUUGUUGGUAAACUGCUGUGGUAUACGAGGAAUAAAGCACCUGCUGGAGUGUUGUUAUUGGAAAAUAGUUCACUUCAGGCAGGGGCGAACUCAGCACUAUGGGUAAAAGUAGGCAACUGCGUCGGGUCCCCAGAAGCCAAGGGCUUCCUAAUAAUGCACACUUCAUAUAUUUUUAACGAUUAAUGCUCAGUAACGUAAAUGCUGAAAAUGUAAGUAUCGCCGUUAGAGCAAUGUGAAAUGAUUCAUAUCACUGUUAUUUCUUACAGCGUCACUGCGAGCCCCUUUCCCCAACCCCAACUGAAUAGGGCCCCACUCUUAUAUCUAACCAAAGCCCCCAAAUCAUUAAAUCUGCCCCUGACUUCAGGGUUUCACUCAUUCCUGUCACUCUUUUGUGUAUUAUUGUGAAUGAAAGCAGCAGGCAGGUUUCCAUCCUAGAGUGCACAGUGCAUGCACCAUUUGGCUUUCCAUAGCUGAUUGUCCAAGGAAUGGUGUAAGGAGUACAUGAAUCCUCUCCGCCCCUCGUGCACAUUGGAUACUAAGUAACACCUCUGAUGUUCCAGAGGAAAGCAGUUCUCAGGUGUGAACGAGUUCAGCAGGACUCUGGUCACGGGUCCAGUCAGCAUGUCUCUCUUGUACGCGGUGUGUGUGGUUUUGGUGGUGCUUCUCGUCCUCCUCCAGGUCUGUUGUCCGUAUGUAGUGCACGAUGUGCUGUAUGUCCUGAAGGGAAUCCGCGUGGCGAUGAGGAUGAGGAAGUUCCGCAGCUGCACUCCGUGCUACACCGUCCUGGACCGCUUCCUAGACGCGGUGAAGGAACAUCCCGAGAAAACGUUCCUGGUGUUUGAAGGUCGCUCCUACACGUACCGAGAGGCGGAUAAACUGGGCAGUAAAGCGGCGAGGGCUCUGCUCCAUCACACCGAGCUGCAGGAAGGAGACACCGUGGCGCUGUUUCUCGGGAAUGAGCCGCACUUCAUCUGGCUUUGGCUCGGACUCUGGAAGCUGGGCUGCACCGCCGCGCUGCUCAACUGCAACAUCCGCGCCAGGUCCCUGCUGCACUGCUUCAGCUGCUGCGGGGCCAAACACCUCAUCGCUGGGGCAGAUUUACAGGAAGCAGUGGAGGAAGUACUUCCUGUAUUGAAGGAGCAGGAAGUGCGGGUCUUCCUGCUGGGUGAAAAUUGUGAGAAGAAUGGAAUCAUAAACCUCAGCGAGAAAAUCAAUGCUGCGAGCGACGAGCAACUACCAUGCUCACUUCGAACCAAAAUCACCAUGAAGAGCCCUGCACUCUACAUCUACACUUCAGGCACCACUGGUCUUCCAAAAGCAGCUGUGAUCAGCCAUGAGAGGGUGUGGCUGGCCUCCUUCCUACAGAGCAUGUCCGGCGUCCGUUCAGAUGAUAUUAUCUACGUGUACCUGCCCCUGUACCACAGCUCUGGCUUCCUCAUGGGCCUGACGGGGGCAAUAGAGCGAGGAAGCACAGUGGUGUUGAGGAGGAAGUUCUCAGUGUCUCAGUUCUGGAGCGACUGCAGGAAGUACAAUGUGACGGUCAUCCAGUAUAUCGGAGAGAUCAUGCGCUACCUCUGUAACACACCCAAGACGGACAGCGACCGCGUGCACAACGUGCGUCUUGCUUUCGGAAAUGGUAUCCGUGCCGACACAUGGGCGGAGUUUCUGCAGCGAUUCGGAGACGUGCGUAUCUGUGAAUGCUACGGUGCGACAGAAGGAAAUGUUGGCUUUGUCAACUACCUCGGGAAAAUAGGUGCCGUCGGCCGGGCAAAUGCCAUCUUAAAGCGACUUUCACGUUACGCUUUGAUUAAAUACGACACCGAGAUGGGAGAACCAGUACGAGACUCCCGAGGAUUCUGUGUGGAGGUUUCUACUGGAGAAACAGGCCUGCUGGUGUGUAAGAUCACUAAAGUGGCUCCAUUUAGCGGCUAUGCUAACAACAAGCAGCAAACCGAACAAAAGAAGCUGAGGAACGUGUUUGAGCAGGGAGACUCGUACUUUAACACUGGAGACCUGAUGAAAGUUGACCAGCAAGGCUUCGUCUACUUCCAGGACCGCAUUGGAGACACGUUCAGGUGGAAGGGCGAGAAUGUUGCUACCACUGAAGUGGCUGAUAUUCUGAUUAUGUUGGACUUCAUCGAGGAGGCUAAUGUCUACGGAGUCAAAGUGCCAGGUCAUGAGGGCAGAAUCGGAAUGGCUGCUAUCAAGCUGAAGGAGGGACUGGACUUCGACAGCUCUGUAGCAUACAAGCACAUCGAGAACUACCUGCCCAUGUACGCCAGGCCACGUUUCAUCCGGAUACAGGAGAUGCUAGACACCACAGGUACCUACAAACAGGUGAAGAUGAAACUGUCCGAGGAGGGAUUCGAUCCCGGAGCCAUUCAGGAUAAGCUGUACUUCCUGGACGACAGGAAGAAAACCUACGUGACCAUGACGGAGGACAUUUUUAACUCCAUAAGCAAUGGACAAUUGAGAUUAUAACACACACACACACACACACACACACACACACACACACACACACGCGCACACGCACACGCACACGCACGCACACACACACACACCUCAAUCAAGUGCCUUGAGAACCAGAGAUGUUUAUUAUUCAAACAUGGGACAUAAUCACAUGUAUAAUUUGUGUUUUGGGAGAUUAUACAUGAAGAAAAGGAAGAAGAAAAUGAUGUAGAUAUCUCUGUAAUGCUAAAAACACCUUAUAGUUAUUUUUGUAUUAUUUGCUUUAUCAUUUUGAUAAUUAUGUAAAGAUUUCACCUGAAGCUGAUGUCAGUAUGGAAAGUUUAAUUAAAUGUGAUUUUAUUUUUUUUAAAAAAAGA